CAACUCAUCCUAAAGCUUAAAGCUCAAGAAGACCUUCUUCCAACUCUUUGAGGAUUCAGAGUCAUCCGCCAUCCCCCUCAUUUCUCCCCUUCAUUGCCUAUUUCAUGUGUGUCCAUUGUCCGGUGUGUGUGCUCGGAGUUCCGCCCCAUCCCCGCCCACCCACCAUCGGGGGAUUGUCAUCGCCUGUGGGCGUAGUAUGAGCCGCCGUCCCCGAUAAGCGCUUUCUCUUUGGCCUAAUGUUGCCCCCGCUCACCCGCCGGUCCGGUCUAACGUGGACGUGGACUUUGAUCCUGAGUCUGAGUUUGACCGCGGCCCAAACGCCGCCCGAUCGCCGUUCGACCGGGCCUUCGCCCGAUUCGCCCGACAUCAUCACGGCCUCCGAGGACCAUGACAUUCGACAGAACGAUGAACCGCCGGCCGAAGGCCAGUUCCGCCCCCCGGCGCCCGAAUCGGUCAGUGCCUUUCGCGCCGAUGAGGCUAUUCCCGCCCCUGAACCACCGCAGGAUCAGGGCCAGGUCCGGUCCCCGCCCCCGCCCAAUCCUCAGGAUCAAAUGGCCCAAGAUUUGUUCCGGAGUGCCCAAGCUACGCUGAGCGGGUCCUCGGUCAUCUCGGAUCGGCCUCAGGCUUGGGACAUGAUGGCUAAGGCCGCGGACAUGGGGCAUCUCGAGGCCAAAGUGGUCGUGGCUUGGGCCCGUUUGGCAGGACGACAUUUUCGGCAAGAUCCCGAACGGGCCCGGGUGCUCUUUGAGGAGGUGGCCCAAACUGGCCAGCCCCAAGGUCAAUUUGGCCAAGGCUUUCUGUUUGCUACGGGCACCACGGUUAACUCCAGUCAAGCCAAGGCCCUACUGCAUUACACGUUUGGCGCUUUUGGCGGUAGCGCUUGGGCUCAGAUGGCUUUAGGCUAUCGCUAUUGGUCGGGCAUGGGCGUGGCCACCAGUUGUGAAAAAGCCUUGGAUUACUAUCGGCGAGUAGCUCAGACUGUGGCGGCUGAUGUCUCCUUUUCCGGCGGGCAAUCCAUUCAACGGAUUCGAUUGCAAGAUGAGAUCGAGUCCAGCGCGUAUUCGUCCGGCAUCUUGGACAACGACUUGAUCGAAUACUACCAGCUUUUGGCUGAUAAGGGGGAUGUGCAGGCCCAACUGGGGCUCGGUCAACUCCAUUAUCAAGGAGGGCGCGGGGUCGAGACCGACCAUCGAUUGGCCAUGCAUUAUUUCCAGCAAGCCGCUGACGCCGGUAAUCCCAUGGCUAUGUCUUUUUUGGGCAAGAUGUAUCUCGAUGGGAGUGAUGUGCUCAUGCAAAGCAACGAUACUGCGUUUCUCUACUUCAAAAAAGCGGCCGACCAAGGCAAUCCCGUGGGUCAGAGUGGGUUGGGUCUGAUGUAUCUGCAAGGCAAAGGCGUGGAACGCGAUUACAAGAAGGCCUUCGACUUCUUCCGUAAGGCCGCUGAGCAAAGCUGGGUGGAUGGGCAAUUGCAGCUGGGCAACAUGUACUACAAUGGCUGGGGUGUGGCCCGAGAUUAUAAAAUGGCCACCAAAUACUUUAAUUUGGCCUCGCAAUCCGGGCACAUCUUGGCCUUCUACAACCUAGCUGAUAUGCACGCCACCGGAACCGGGACACUUCGUUCGUGUCAGACGGCCGUUGAGCUCUACAAGAACGUGGCUGAACGUGGUCGCUGGGGUGAAUGGAUGAUGGAGGCGUACACCGACUAUCGUCGAGGUCGCACCGAUGAAGCUUUGAUGAAAUACCUGGUUUUGGCCGAAUUAGGAUACGAGGUGGCCCAAAGUAACGUGGCCUUUAUUCUCGAUCGUCAGGAGACGCUUCUCUUUGAUGCAGAUGAGCAGUGGAAACGAGCGCUCGUGUAUUGGACGCGGGCCGCCGCUCAAGGUUAUUCUGCCGCUCGUGUUCGCUUGGGCGACUACUACUACUACGGUCUGGGCACGGAUCAAGAUUACGAGACGGCGGCCUUCCAUUACCGGAUUGCGUCCGAGCAACAGAACAACGCUCAAGCCAUGUUUAAUCUCGGCUAUAUGCAUGAGUUAGGCCAUGGGAUGCGGCAGGACAUUCAUUUGGCCAAGCGAUUCUACGACAUGGCUGCGGAGACCUCCGUGGAUGCCAAAGUCCCGGUGGCCUUGGCUCUGGCCAAACUCGGGCUCAUUUUCGCUUGGAUGAAUUGGAAAGACUACAAAGUCACCGUCAGUCCCGAGACCCUGGCCAACCUGGAGCACUACUGGGACAUUUAUCUUCUUGUCAUGCUCUUCGGCGUGUUGAGCCUCGUGAUUAUGGUUCGGAUGCCACGUCAAGCGGUAGCUAAUGCUGCGGCAGCUGCUCAACGGCCUCCGCAGCCGCAGCCUGCGGCAGCCAGAUAGACGUUGAAUUUGUGACAGACUAAGACGACAUUUACUACUCCUGUGCACGUGUCACCGAGAUCGAAUGCCGUCAAAUUCGGUGGUAAAGACUUGCCCUGUGAGGCGAUCGAAACUGUGAUCUUAAAUUAAAAUUUUCUCAUUCUUUUGUGUUGCAAUUCACCAUUCCUUGUGUUGGUCCCGUGUAAUUUAAUUCUGUGCGCAAGAAUACACGAUUACGGCCUUGGCCCAA